AUGAGUCCCAGUCCCAGAGGAAAGCGAAUGAUCACGAUUGUGUCGGUUCUCGUCGGCCUGUCGGUGAUCAGUACUUUCCUGCGACUGAUAGCUCGCGUCAAGCGACGAGCGGGAUUCGGCGUGGAUGAUUAUCUCUGCGUGGCGUCGACGUUGUUGAUGCUAGGAAUGCUGGUGGAAUUGAUUUUAUGGUGUGUCAUCGGAGGCAAUGGGUAUCACGAAUCGACGCUCGACACGACGACUCUCCAGACAUUCUACAAGAUCUUCCUCGCCAAUCAAUUCACCUACUUCGUGCUCACUCCCGCCGUCAAAAUAUCCAUCGUUUGUUUCUAUCGUCGCAUCUUCACGACGCCUACCUUCAUGCGCGUUACCUUCUGGUUGAACUGUCUGAUGGCCGCAUGGGCAUCAGCCAUCUUCCUAGCAUGCGCUCUGCAGUGUCGACCCCUACGGGCUUUCUGGGAUAAGACAGUAGAGGGGGAUUGCUUCGAUGGACGGCGAUACAUAAUCGUCAACCAGUCUUUUAACGUCGUCAUGGAGUUUAUCAUUCUGGGCUGUCCGGUGCCUAUGAUCUGGAGCUUGCAUCGCUCCUGGCGGGAGAAACUCGCCUUGAAUGGGGUCUUUGCUCUCGGUGGCUUUGUCUGUUUCGCCAGUAUCUACCGCAUCGUCGUCCUGUUCUAUAUCGACCCGACUGAUACUACUUGGACCAUUUACGAGGCUACUCUAUGGACGCACGUCGAACCGUCCGUGGGUCUGUUAGUUUCCUGUCUCCCUAUUAUCCGUGGCCUUUUCCCUCGAUUCUGGUCGAUGACCAGUUCCCAGGGGACGCGUAUCCAAUUAGGUCCGACCGGUACGGAUCGGUCCGGUCGAGGGGAUUUCGGUCCCAGUGCGUCUUCGGAGGGAGUCUGGAGUGUCCAGGAGAGUCGGGAACUGGGUAAUCUGAAGGAUAUUACGGUGCAGACGGAGAUCGAGCUGGAAUAUGAUUCCGCUAGAGUCGAUGUGGACACGCAGCCUUUGAAUAGACAUGCGCCGUCGUCGAUUCAGUAG